AUGGAGACCGCAGCAGCAGCAGCAGCAGUAGCCAGCGUGUGCAGCAGCAGCAGCAGCAGCAGCAGCAGCAGCAGCAGCAGCAACAGCCACCAGCGUGUGCAGCAGCAGCAAGAGCACGGGAGACAGCAGCCCCGUCAGCUUGAGCAAACGUAG